AUGGAGGUGGAGGAGGCCUUCCAGGUGGUGGGGGAGAUGGGCAUCUACCAGAUGUACUUGUGCUUCCUGCUGGCCGUGCUGCUGCAGCUCUACGUGGCCACGGAGGCCAUCCUCAUCGCGCUCGUGGGGGCCACGCCCUCCUACCGCUGGGACCUGGCCGAGCUCCUGCCCAACCAGAGCCACGGCAGCCAGCGGGCCGGGGAGGACCGGGCGCUGGGCGACUGGCUCCUGAGGGCCAACGGCAGCGAGCUGCGCAAGCACGUGCACUUCAGCGGCAGCUUCACCUCCAUCGCCUCCGAGUGGUUUCUGAUCGCCGACAGAUCAUACAAAGUCAGCGCGGCCAGCUCCUUCUUCUUCAGCGGCGUGUUUGUGGGCGUGAUCUCCUUCGGGCAGCUCUCCGAUCGCUUUGGGAGGAAAAAGGUCUACCUCACAGGUCUUGCGCUGGACAUCUUAUUUGCUAUCGCCAAUGGGUUUUCGCCCUCCUACACGUUCUUCGUGAUGACCCGCUUCCUGGUGGGCGUGAUGAAUGGGGGGAUGUCACUGGUGGCCUUUGUCCUGCUGAACGAAUGUGUGGGCGCCGCCUACUGGGCACUCGCAGGGUCCAUUGGCGGCCUCUUCUUCGCAGUCGGCAUCGCCCAGUGCGCCCUGCUGGGCUACCUCAUCCGCUCCUGGAGGAGCCUGGCCGUGCUGGUGAACCUGCAGGGCACGGCGCUCUUUCUCUUAUCUUUAUUCAUUCCUGAAUCACCUCGUUGGUUAUACUCCCAGGGUCGACUGAGCGAGGCGGAAGGGGCUCUGUACCUCAUCGCCAAGAGGAACCGCAAGCUCAAGUGCACGUUCUCACUCACUCAUCCGGCCAACAGGAGCUGCAGGGGGUCGGGGAGUUUCCUGGACCUGUUCCGGCACCAGGUCCUCCUGGGGCACACUCUGACCCUGAUGUUCAUCUGGUUCGUGUGCAGCCUGGUGUACUACGGCCUGACGCUGAGUGCAGGCGACCUGGGCGGGAACCUCUACACCAACCUGGCCCUGUCUGGCCUCAUAGAGAUCCCCUCCUACCCGCUCUGCAUCUACCUGAUUAACCACAGAUGGUUUGGUCGGAGGCGGACGUUAGCGGCGUUUCUGUGCCUGGGAGGACUGGCUUGUCUCGUCGUAAUGCUUCUUCCAGAAAAGAAAGACACGGGCGUGUUCGCCGUGGUGAACAGCCGGUCCUUGUCUCUGCUGGGGAAGCUGACCAUCAGCGCUGCCUUCAACGUUGUGUACAUCUACACCUCCGAGCUCUACCCCACGGUCAUCAGGAACGUCGGGCUUGGCACCUGCUCCAUGUUCUCCCGCGUCGGUGGGAUCAUUGCUCCCUUCGUCCCCUCUCUGAAAUAUGUGCAGUGGUCUUUACCGUUCAUUGUCUUUGGAGCCACGGGCCUGACCUCGGGCCUGCUGAGUCUAUUAUUGCCCGAAACCCUUAACGCCCCGUUGCUAGAGACCGUUUCCGACCUCCAGGUGUACUCCUACCGAAGGCUGGGGGAGGAAGCUCUGAUUUUGCAGACCUUGGACGUCCCACAGUUUCCUCGGAUGGGAUACUAUAACCGAGGGAGAAGAGGAGGAUGA